AUGACCCUCCCCCAUGCUUGUUGUACCUGCGCAACCAUCCUCAGCGACACCAAGGUCCCCUAUGACCCUCACUCCGAGAAACCAUUGCUCUUCACGCGGCGGCUGGAGUGUUGCUCACGCGACAUUUGCGCCCUUUGCCAGUACCAAAACCCCCGUUUCCAGUCAUACUGUCCUUUCUGCCAGAUCUCCACCGGGCCCACUGCGCUGCCUAAGGAUGGCCUGAGAUUACCCCCGUCCUAUUCCAAGACUGCUGUCCCUUCUUCGCACAGCAAGAACAAAGACGCCGCGACGAGAGGAGCUUCGCCACCCCCCUCAUACCAUGACUCGUCCAGGGCACAGCGCUCACUGCUGGAACCAAGCCUCGCUCCGCCCGAGGAUGCCGAAGACACCGUCCACUUCGUGUCACUGGAGGACUCCCUGCCGUCCUUAUCGAUAGCCUACAGCGUCCCGAUCUCCGUGCUGCGGCAGCACAAUAAUCUCUACUCCGAUAGCCUUCUCACGGCGAGGAAAUGGAUCCUCAUUCCUCGAUCACAUUAUACUGGCCCGUCAUUGUCGACGCCGCCAGACCCCGACGAGGAGGAGCGAAAGAUCAAGCUGCGCAGGUGGAUGGUCGCCACCAAAUGUGCAGACUAUGCUGUUGCGACCUUGUACCUGAAAGGAAGCGAUUAUAACCUUGACAUCGCGGUGGGUGCGUUCAAGGCCGACGAGGAGUGGGAGAGAACAAAUCCGCUAAAGGGAAGGGCAAAAGGCAAGGAGGUCUCUAAACGGAGCGCCAGGGGGGGCAGAGUCGGGGGCAGUCUGUCGGGGCAGCUUUCGUGA